AAAUUAAAAAAAAAAAAAACUAAGAAAUCACCUUUCAAAAAACAAUGAAAAAAUAAAAAAAAAAAAAAAACAAAAAGCAAUCCAUUUGAAAAAAUAACACUUUAACAAUGGAGGCGAUUUUACCUUUCAAAAUAAAAAAUGAACAAAAAUUCUAUGAAAGUGCCUUAAAAGUGGGCUACAAUGAAAUGGAAAUAUAUAAAUUCAUUUAUGUCAUGCAACAAAGUGACAUGGACAUUUUUCCCAAAAUGCAUGACGAACGUAUUAAUAUACUCAUCUAUGGCUGGGAAUUGUGUGAAGAUUAUAAGCAAAAACUUAAUCCCAAUGAAUGGGAAUUACCGGAGGAAAUGGAAGUAAUAUUAAAACUUCUUGUGCCCUGGAGUAUGGAUAUAUGGUUUAGUAAGGAAUGGGAUAAAUGCAAAAUAUAUUUGAAAAUUGGUUUAAUACAUUGUUUAAAUCGUGCCCGUGAUUUGUUAAUGCGUAUGCCGGAUAUGAUGCAAAUAAAUUGGGAUUUUCUAUUGCUUUACAAUCUAAAGCCCUGGAAUGUUAUGUAUUUAAAGAAUCUUACUGUCACCAAGGAGAAAACAUUGGAAAAUGGUGCUCAAUCUAUAGAGACGGAGGAAUUGCCGGCAACGGAUGAAGAUAUAUCUUAUGUCAAAUUGGAACAACUACCAUUAAUUGUCUUACGUUUAGUUAAAUUCUUUGAUCAAUCAUCCAUCGAUAUGGUGAAAACAUUAUGUAUGCGCGUUAUAGCAGCUUGGAAUAAAAUACAUCAGACUGAAUUAGAAACAUCAGGUUCUAGAAGACGUUAUAUACCUCCCGAAGACAAAAGAUGUUUGCUAUUAAUAUGCCAUAUAUAUCUAAUGGCCGUUUAUGAAUCAGAUGAUGUCAAAGGUUAUGUUAUAGAUAAUAUGAUCAACAAUAUACGCUUCUAUUAUCAGGGAUUUCAAAACUCUACCGCCAUGUACGUUAUGGAUAAUUUAGAAUAUACUCCUGCUCGUUUUAUAGCACUCACUAACAUGCAUUUGCGCGUACAAAAACGUGAUUUUUUCGAUUUCUUUAUUUGGAAUAAAUAUGAUACUUCACUAGUCAAUUUAUUUGGUGUUGUUUCACAAGCCUAUAAAAGUUAUUUGCUCGGGAAUUUAUUAAUGGAACUUAAUAAUAUGAAUGAAGAUGAUUUUGCAUCGAAUAUACCGCUUUACAAACGUCUUAUGAAUUCGUAUGUUAAUGAACGUGAAAAAAGUGAAUUGUUUUUAUUAAAUGAACUAGACAAACUGGAAGCACAACGUUAUGCUCAUAAUAUUAUACAGACUGUGAAAAAUGUUACCGAUUUUAAGAAUAAAAUAUGUAAAGGAAAUCGCAUGAGUAAUAUUGGUAAUUAUGAAAAUUCCGAUGAUACAGUGACACCAUUGACAGAUGGUGAUAUUGAAAAUCCAACGGAAUUUGCAAUGGAGGAAGAUAUAAGAGAGGAGGUUGUUGCUGAAGAGGGAGAAGAUGAACUGGAACGUAUACGUAAGAAAGAGAGUGAAUUACGUUUGGAUCCUAUAUUUCAAAAUUUACCUAAUAAUGAGAGUAUACUUUAUUAUGUCUAUGAGGUUUUGGCAAAGAAGGACUACAAAGGUUGGCAUUUUGCCAAAAUCGUUUUGCUUGUCAAAAUCAUCGAUCACGAGCUAAACAUGAUCGAAACGUGGCGUUAUCAUCCCGGUUUAACUGCCGAUUUCAUGUUAAAUUUAGAAAUAAAACUUUCCCAUCAUUAUGUCGACUUGGCAAAAAUCUUUAAAGAUCAUCCAUUUUUAGAACAAGAAUUUUGGCUUACAGCUUUCUAUCUCAAUCCCACUAAUGAUAUCUAUGAAACUAUUAAAAGGCUGGGCAUGCGUAACAACCGUAAACGUACCGAUGAACAAGCGAAACUGGUCAUGAGUAUUGAUAAUAUAGAUGCUAAAUAUGGUUUACUAAGUUCUACUAUAGAUGUCAAGGAAAUUGCCACUUUGGCCAAUACCGAUGAUCCCGAUACAGAUUAUAAUCCUUUAUUUGCAGCUUUGCACUCUUUAAGGGUACCCGAUAGUUUGGUUAAAGACAUGAUAACUGCCAUAUUUUUGCCACGCAAUAAAAGUUUUGCCUGGGUUGUGGAUUGGGGUGUAUUACGUUCACGAUGUAAAAUGAUUAUGAACAAUUCCAAGGAGAAAAAACGUUUUGUAGAACUUAAUAUGGCCGAGGCAAAUGAACGUUUGAAAUAUUUAAUAAUUGAUUAUGAAAAAUAUAAAAAUAGGCCACAGCUGGACUAUGGUACUAUAGAGGAGGGUUAUGAGAAUCUAAUGCAAAGUGGUGAUUUCGAUAAGGAAACAGAUGAAGAGGAGGAAGAAGAAGAGGAGGAUGAUUUUGAAGAUGAUGAAGAUGUGUAUGAAAGUAAAAGAAGAGGUAGAGGAAGUUUUGCAGCAGCAGCCAGAAAAAAGGAAGAAGAAAAAGUUCAAGACGACAACUCGCAAGAGGAUGAUCCAUUUUUAAUGGGUAAAAGACGUACUCGUGCACGCACUGCCGCUACUCUAGCCAGUUUCCUAUUUCAAACACUACCCCGUUCCUCGAGACGUAAACGCAAUCAAAAACCCAUUGACGAAGAAACAAAAAUUGAUGAUGACAAGACAUCUAAUGAUAAUGAUGAAAAAUCUUCAGAAUCUAAAUCACCCAUAACAAUCACAGAAUCACCCAUGCCAUCGUCACCACUCAGCGGUGAAGUGGAACAAAAAGUCCCCGAAAUUCCCAUUGUACCCACUAAAAACAUUAAAGAUUGUCUCAAAGAAAGACCAACAUUUUUGAACUCUACUCAGGGUUUUCAAAAUCUUAUCGAUAUUUGGAAUGUAGAAAAAACUGAUUUACAAUCAAUCGAUGAAAAUUGUGUUUCUUUAAUGGAAAGUUCAGCUGUACUAAAACGUGCCAUUAAAUGGAAGCAAUUAAAUAAAGUAAUAAAUCCAAUGGGUUGUGAUGAAGAGGAAUUUAUCGAUGAAAAAGAGAUGAUAAUACAUAAUGCAGAAUUUGCCAUAAAAAUGGAAUUUAAUUUAAAUGCGGUGAAAGAGGAAGAUGUUGAAAUGAAAAAUAUUGAGAUGGAUGCUGUUGUAGAGAAUGUAAAAAGGGAUGAAUCUCAUGAAGUGGUUUCGGAAUCGAUAGUUAUGGAUGCAGUUACCGUUGAAAAAGAGUCUGAAUUGGAACUCACCGAAAAUGAACAGAAUCAAGAGAUACCGACUAUCGAGGAGAAUAGCGACGAUUCAGACAUGUCUACAGCUGCUAUUAAGGAUACCGAGGAAGUUAGUGAAACAAAUACGGAUGUGAAUAAUUCAAAGCGAAAUAGUAUUAAUAGUGAUACUGAGUUUUCAACGGAUAAGAUUGAUGAAAAUGAAAUUUUAAAUGAAGAAACCGAAACAACAACUAAGCAAAAAGAGAAUAUAGAGACUGAGCAGGAGGGUAUAACUCAAGAAGAAACAAAUAAAGAUGAACAGGAUAGUAAAGAUGAUUUAGAUCAAGAAAAGCAAGAAGAAAAACAAACUGAAGAAACAUCAUUAAAUAAAGAACUUAACGAAAGCGAUAUAGAAAAUAAAACAGAAACAACAGUUUCAGAAGACUUGACAACAACCGAGAAAUCAACAACAGUCGAAGAAUCAAUAGAACAAGUUUUAGAUACCUUAACUAACAACGACAAAGCAAAUUCGAAUGUUGAGCAAGAAUUACAGACAUUAGAAGAGACAAACAAAGAUACUGAUAUUGAAAAUCCAGAUAAUUUGGAGACAAAAAGUAAAGAAAAUUUGGACUAUGAAAAUAAAAUUUCAGAAAAUAUAAAAGAAACUAAAGAAACUUUAGAAGAAGAUGUGGAAUCAAAAACAACAACAGAAGAUUCAAAUAAACUAAACAUUUUGAAGCAAAACACUGAAACUGAACAAAAUGAACUUGAACAAUCGAUAACAAAAGAUAAGGAAUCCCAUUCGCAAUCUUUGCUUGAAGAAUCUAAUAUAGUUUUACACUACUCCUCCUGCGAAGAUUUGGAAGCAUCAAAGACACAAAAUGAAGAAAUUAGUUCCAAAACAGAAGAAACUAAAAAUGAAUCUGUUAAAUCCGAACAAAACUCUGAUAGUAGCGAUACACAAGAGUUAAAAAAUCUAUGUUUAAUGAAAAAUGUAAAAGUAUUAGUACGAAAAUUACGUCCUGCAGAUUUAACUGAUUUAAGGCAACCUGUAGUGAAGAUACGACGUGUUAGCUAUGAAAAUUACAUGGAGAAGUUUCGAGCUAAUCGAAGGCGAAUGGCUGGAAAAGCUUAUGUUGAUAUCGAUGACAGUUCUAAUUCGAACAACAGCUACGGCACCAAUAGCAGUUCAUCUGAUGCCUAUCGACCGCCUAAAGUUAAAAGAAAACUACCGUUGAGACGACAUUCUCUGCGUCAAAUGCGUACAUCAGAAUCUGAUUAUGAUUCCAAUAAUUCAGACGACUUAAAACUAUCUACUAUGGUAACGAAAGUUAAAGUACGCGAAAGACGUUUAAGUACACCCUCUUCAUCACAAAGUUCCAACAACACUGCUUCACUUCGCAAAUCAACAACAGCUGGUCCUAAAUCGUCUAAACAAAAUCUAAUUGUAACACCACGCAGUGCCAGUGGCUUAAAAUUACGCAUAUCAAAUGCUGAACAAAAUUCACAAGAAGCGAAACGUAAGAAAACUUCAUCAUCUAUAGAGUACGAUGAUAUAAUUCAAUUAUCUUCCUCAUCGAGUGAUGCAUGCAUUCUAGCGCCCAUUGUAGAAGAAGUUAUUGAAGUAGACGAUCAUCCUUUAUUCGAGGAAGAAAUUAUAAUUUAAGUUUUUUAGCUUAGUUUUUAUUUUAAUUUUACUUUUCUAGUUUAAUUUCUUGACUGUAAAUACUAAAUGCGCAAAAUAUUAUGUUUACAGCGUGGACAACCAACUUUCUACUUCAUCCUUUAUCCAUCAUCUUAUUUAUUAAUAUUGUACAUAAAACAAAAAUUUAAGUUAUUUUAAACAAAACUAUAAAAUUCUCAACGUAUUAAUAAAGAGGAAAUGUUUGAUUUAGUAAAA